AUGAAAGUUUAUGCAACUGAUGACAAAGAAAUUAUCAUGGAGUUGUCAAUGAAGUGGGCAGGGAACCCUAAUAUACUUGUUGCUGCCAAAGCAUUUGGGUUAAAAGCCACUGUUCAGGUGGUUGAUUUGCUAGUUUAUGCCACUCCAAGGAUUACUCUGAAGCCAUUGGUCCCAUCUUUCCCCUGUUUUGCCAAUAUAUUUGUCUCUCUAAUGGACAAGCCACAAGUAGAUUUUGGACUGAAGUUACUAGGUGCAGAUGUAAUGGCCAUUCCUGGGUUAUACCGAUUUGUCCAGGAACUCAUUAAAGAUCAGGUCGCAAACAUGUACUUGUGGCCAAAGACUUUGAAUGUACAGUUAAUGGAUCCUUCUAAAGCAAUGAAGAAACCUGUUGGAUUGCUUGCAGUGAAAGUAAUCAAGGCAAUAAAGCUUAAAAAGAAAGAUCUUCUCGGUGGAUCAGACCCUUAUGUGAAGUUAACACUCUCUGGAGAAAAAUUACCUGGUAAGAAGACAGCUGUUAAACACAGCAAUCUAAAUCCUGAGUGGAACGAAGAAUUCGAUUUAGUUGUCAAAGAACCAGAGACCCAAGAACUUCAGCUUAUUGUUUAUGAUUGGGAACAGGUUGGGAAACAUGAUAAGAUAGGAAUGAAUGUGAUUCAACUUAAAGACCUUACUCCAGAGGAGCCAAAACUCAUGACACUUGAGCUCUUGAAAUCCAUGGAACCAAACGAGCCCGUUAGCGAGAAAUCGCGUGGACAGCUUGUCGUUGAGGUCGAAUAUAAACCAUUUAAAGAAGAUGAUAUUCCAGACAAUUUAGAUGAUCCAAAUUCAGUAGAGAAAGCACCAGAAGGAACACCUUCUGGUGGUGGAUUGCUUGUGGUUAUUGUUCAUGAAGCUGAAGAUUUAGAAGGCAAAUAUCACACAAACCCUUCUGUUCGUUUGCUCUUCAAAGGAGAAGAGCGUAAAACAAAGCGUGUGAAGAAGAACAGAGAGCCAAGAUGGGAUGAAGAUUUUCAGUUUCCAUUAGAUGAGCCUCCCAUAAAUGAUAAGCUUCAUGUUGAAGUCAUAAGUACUUCUUCACGAUUGCUUCAUCCUAAGGAACCUCUUGGGUACGUUGUGAUAAAUCUUGGUGAUGUUGUGAGUAAUCGAAGAAUCAACGAAAAGUAUCAUCUGAUUGAUUCCAAGAAUGGUCGGAUUCAGAUCGAGCUUCAGUGGAGAACUUCUUCAUGA